CACAUGGAAGAGCAAAAUGUCAAUAAUGGCCAAGGCAAUCUUGAGGAAUCAUAAAUUUGCAGUCUCUCCUUGACAAAUCUUUUUAUUAUUAAAAAACUAAUUAACACAAUAUGAUAUUACCAAUAAAAAAACAGUUUAAUGGGGGUCAGGCCCGGACCUGCGCCACCUCAAGAUGUAAAGUGUAACAUGGGGGUUGGGGUGGGCAGUGUGGGCCUGUGAGGCCUGUGGUGCCUGUGGGUGUCCUCAUCCCCCCAGCUCCCCGCACAGCUGGUUCCACAGUGGUCUACUCCAGUUGCCUCGUGUGGAUUCAGGUUCCAGACUGAAGGCUACCUGUUCCCCAGUGCCCUCCACCGCCCCCGCCCCUGUCCACAGCUCCCCCCACAGCCAGUUUCGCAGUGGUCUGCUCCAGUUCCAGACUGAAUGCUACUGAUUCCAAGUGCUGGGGUUACUGGGGCGACCACCAGAACAGCCUUGGCGCUAUGUAGUAGCUGGGAGCUACUCCUGAGCCCUACCUGAGGCUGGUCAUGGAGAAGCUACAUAGGAUUGUGGCAGCACUGCUGGAAAGUAUGGUAUCAAAUUCUAAUGGUUUUCCGUGGGAAUUAGUGAUGUGGGCAGGUGUUAUUGGAUUUGUUGUUAUUCCCCUUUUUCUGUGGAGAUGUUUUAGAUCAGUCAGGAGUCGGCUAUAUGUGGGAAGAGAGAAAAAGCUUGCUGUAGAGCUUUGUGAGCAAAUUAAAGAAAAAUGUAACCUACUUGAAAAAUUUAGUUUUCUACAAAAAAGCUAUGAAGGCUAUGAAAGAGAGUCAUCUUUACAGGAUGUCAGCUUUGAGAACCAGGCAGCAGAAGCAGAAAGUUUGGGGGCAACAUGUGAAAAGCUGAACAGGUCCAUUUCUGAAAUGGAGGAUGAAAUACCAUAUCUGAAAAAAGAGUUAAAAGAAGAGAAAUACCAACAUUGUAGACAACAUCAGUUUAUGGCGGAUAUUUCAGAAAUCAGACAGUCUCUAGAAGACCUGUCAAAAUCCCUUAAAUCACAGCUAGCUGAAGCCAAAAUGCCCUUGAACAUAUUUCAAAUGAAUGGUGAACAACUGAAGAUCGCGAUAAAAGAUGUUUUGAAUGAAAAUUCUCAACUUCAGGAAAGCCAGGAACAUCUUUUGCAGGAAGCUGAAGUAUGGAAAGAACAAGUGAGUGAACUUAAUAAGCAGAAAAUAAUAUUUGAAGACUCCAAAGUUAACACAGAACAAGUUCUAAAUGACAAAGACGAUCACAUCAAGAUGCUGACUAAACACUUCCUGAAGAUGAAAGAUUGGGCUGCUGUGCUUGGAGAAGACAUGAUGGACGAUCAUAACUCGAAAGUAGAAAUGAAGAGUGAAUCAGAACAUGGCGCUUCCUUAGCUGAUUCUCCAAAAGGAGCUUUGAAGAAACUGAUUCAUGCUGCUAAGUUAAAUGCAUCUUUAAAAUGUUUAGAAGGAGAAAGAAGCCAAAUUUAUAUUCAGUUGUCCGCAACUGAUAAAACAGAGAAGCAGCUUAUGGGGCAUAUUAAACAGCUUCAGUCUGAACAAGCAUCUUUGCAGUCAGAAAACACAGAUUUUGAAAGUGAGAAUCAGAAGCUUCAACAGAAACUUGAAGUAAUGACUGAAUUACAUGAAGAAACGACAAUGAGACUUUACAAAACAUUCACUGUAGAAGAAAAUGACCAGUUAGAGAGACAAGGGAAACUUUCUAAACAAGAGGAAAAGAUCAACUAUACCACUGACCAGCUGGAGAAGUAUAAAAAGCAAGCCAAACAUCUUGAAGAAGAGUUGGAAAGAAUGAUCCUUUCUUAUCAAGAGCAGAUUUUACUCCUUAAGAAAAAAGCACAUGACAAUUGGUUGGCAGCUCGGACUGCUGAAAUAAACCUCAAAGGAUUAAGGAAGGAAAAUGCUAAGUACAGACAAAAAUUAGCUGACACAGAGAUGAAAUUCAAAUUUUUACACAAAGAUCCUUCUGCAGUUGAUGUUCCAAACACAGGAUUUGGCAGAGAGCAUUACACAUAUGUUACCGAUAUGAGAAGGGGAACUCCUUUCCCCCCACCUCCUCCAGGAACCCUGUUUGGAGUUUCUCCACAUGAUUUUCCACCAAGAAAUUUCCAGGUCCACCAUAUGCUCCAUUCGCAGUGA